ACAGACCUCGCCAUGUGGCGCGCAGUGCAGGUCGCGCACGUGCUGCUAGCGCUGACGUGCGCGCACGCACAGAACCGCGUCGUGGACGUCAGCACGACGUGCGAUCGCGGCUCGUUCACCGUGUCGCUGGAAAUGGCACAGCCGUUCAAAGGCUUACUGUUUAGCAAGGACUUCUCGAGGGAGUGCAGGGUGCAAGGCAACCACAAAACGAAGGUGUCUCUGCAUCUACCGACGAACGCAUGCGGCGUGAGGAGUUCCACCCUGAACGCGACCAGCGACGACCAGCUGUACUAUACCGUGGAGCUGGUCGUGCAGAUGGACCGCAUGUUACAGCAGUCCACAGAUCAGGAGCUCGUGGUCAGGUGUAAACUGCAACCGCGUGCGGUUCGUAUCAACAGUUCAGCUCUCGAGGGAGUCAUCAACUCUAAACUACGAGAAAUGAUCGGGCAGGAAGCUAAAAAGACGAGAACCGGUCGCAACCGGCAAGGCUGGGUGAAUCCAGCUGAAAUGGAGCAGCGUGAAUGGCUGCUGGAAUCAGCUCGGGCGUGGAUGGAGCUGGUCCCAGCUUCGCCCAGCAGCGAGCCCGCCACGGUCGAGGUGGGGCAGCCGACGAAGCUGCUGAUCCAGUGCACGCUGCCUGUUGGAGUCGGUCUCCGCAUAACCAACUGCGUAGCUCACGACGGCCUCGGGGAGGCCUCGCAGAAACUCCUCGACGAGGCCGGCUGCCCAAUCGACGAGUCCAUCUUCUCGACCCCCUCCAUCCACCGCCAUAAGAAAGGGACAGAGAUAGACUUCGCAGAUCUCGAACCGGUUGACCCGCAGCGAAACUUGGACGAAAACUUCAACCUAAAACACGCCAAAACCGACCCAGAGCUGAUGUUCAAAAACAUCAUGACAUACCAACACGCCAUCACCACAUUCGCCGCCUUCAAGUUCCCUGACCGGGCUAAACUACAUCUGACAUGCGGCAUAGAAUUAUGCAAAGGGAAAUGUCCACUUGUGGACUGCAAAGCUUUGCAAAGGCCCCAACAGACGAGGGAGGGGUUAUUGAGAAAGGCGAGAUUGGAUAAAGACGCUAAAGGAGUUGUCAUUGAUAGGCUGGAGGUGUAUAAUAGCAUUGAGGUGCUGGCGCCUAAUAUUGAGUUGGAAGAUGAAGCUUCUAUAAGAGGUUCACGAAGAAUAGAAAGCGAAGAGGAAGAGCUGAUCCGAGGCUUCUCUCCGGGCGACAAGACAAUCUGCCUCUCGCCCGGUAAAAUGGCUCUAGCCUUCUGCGUCUUAGGGGUCAUAUUCCUGUGCGCGAUAGCCGUAGCUUUCGUCUCGCUAAUCAGAGCGAGAAGGCGUCUAGGCAGGGAGCCGCUGCAUACAUCCCUCUCUUUCUACACGGGUAGCAAGAGUAUGUUCUCUUCUAGCGAGAGCUCCAGUUCUGGAUUGAGCGGCAGUAAGCUAUUGCUCACUGAUAGCCCGUAUUUAGAUCAUCAUUCGUCUUCGAGCAAUAAUUGGCCAUAUUCUAGAGCUUUUUGAAGUUUCUUCCGUCUGGUUAGAGCGAGAAGGCGUCUAGGCAGGGAGCCGCUGCAUACAUCCCUCUCUUUCUACACGGGUAGCAAGAGUAUGUUUUCUUCUAGUGAGAGCUCCAGUUCUGGAUUGAGCGGCAGUAAGCUAUUGCUCACUGAUAGCCCGUAUUUAGAUCAUCAUUCGUCUUCGAGCAAUAAUUGGCCAUAUUCUAGAGCUUUUUGAAGUUUCUUCCGUCUGGUUAGAGCGAGAAGGCGUCUAGGCAGGGAGCCGCUGCAUACAUCCCUCUCUUUCUACACGGGUAGCAAGAGUAUGUUUUCUUCUAGUGAGAGCUCCAGUUCUGGAUUGAGCGGCAGUAAGCUAUUGCUCACUGAUAGCCCGUAUUUAGAUCAUCAUUCGUCUUCGAGCAAUAAUUGGCCAUAUUCUAGAGCUUUUUGAAGUUUCUUCCGUCUGGUUAGAGCGAGAAGGCGUCUAGGCAGGGAGCCGCUGCAUACAUCCCUCUCUUUCUACACGGGUAGCAAGAGUAUGUUUUCUUCUAGUGAGAGCUCCAGUUCUGGAUUGAGCGGCAGUAAGCUAUUGCUCACUGAUAGCCCGUAUUUAGAUCACCAUUCGUCUUCGAGCAAUAAUUGGCCAUAUUCUCGAGCUUUUUGAGGUUUCUUUUGUCUGGUUAGAGCGAGAAGGCAUCUAGGCAGGGAGCCGCUGCAUACAUCCCUCUCUUUCUACACGGGUAGCAAGAGUAUGUUCUUCUAGUGAGAGCUCCAGUUCUGGAUUGAACGGCAUAAGCUAUUGCUCACUGAUAGCCCGUAUUUAGAUUAUCAUCUUCAUAGAUAGAGUCAGACCAAGAAAAGUCUGCAGCGGAUUUGAUAGCCCACGCAGUGCAAGUAUUAUU